AUGGUGGAUGCACCUGGCUCUUUGCCCUCGGAGCCUCCAGCUGACUGCCACGCCAGAGGGACGCGCGGCUGGAGCUGCGACCUCCACCCGCCCCCGCGGCGCCAGUCUUUGGAAUGUGGCGUCGCCCCCACCUCGCCCAUGGAAGCGGGGGGUCCCGCUACGCCGGGCCGCGCCGCCAUACCCAGGCCGCAUGGGGGCGAGGCUGCGGGGCUGCCAGGACGGUUUGAGGACCGGGCCCGGCCGGAGAGACUCCAACCUUCACCCCCCUCCCCGCGUCCCCAGUCCCACCCCCCACCGUCUCCCGGCGCCGCCACUUCAGGCAGCCCACUCGGCCCGGCCUCUCCCCGCGCCCGGACCACCCCCCAUGGGGUGCUCUCACUGCGCAGCGAGUCCCUCCGCUGCCUCCUCCCAGCCCAAAAUGGCGGCGGCGGCCACCGAUCCUUCUCGUCGCCUUCCUCUAGGGCCGAGGAUCCCUCCGCGCCCAAGCCCCUCCCCUCUCAGCCGGAUCUAUAUUCUGCCCGGUCAUUGCUGUGUAUUCGCCUCCCGAGGCAGUCUUUUCCCCGCUUCGCUUCGGUUGUUGGGGGAACAAAGCUUAGGCCUAGCUUCCUGGCUGUCAGCCUGGGCCUCAGCGAUUUUCAGGAGAAGAGUAUAGGAUGUGUCACUAGUUAAAGGCAUCUGCUGAAAGAUUUGGAACAGAAGAAGGUGGCUACUCCAAAGCAGACCAACUGUAACACAGAGUCACCAGCAGCCCUGGAGGAGGCCAAGACCUCUGGUGCUCCUGGGAGCCCCAGGACAUCCCCUGAGCCUCAUGACCCUGGAGGUUCCCUGCCCCUGACACCCAGGAUGGAGAACCACUCAGAGGGGGAAGAUUCUCCCAGGGCUAGCGGUGGCCUGGGCUGGAACGGUAGGGGUCCCCGGGCCCAGAGUCCAGGGGGCUGCUCAGUGGAGGCUGUGCUGGCCCGGAAGAAGCACCGCCGGCGGCCUUCCAAGCCUUCCAAGCGCAAGCGGCACUGGCGGCCCUACCUGGAGCUGAGCUGGGCUGAGAAGCAGCAGCGGGAUGAGAGGCAGAGCCAGCGGGCCUCCCGGGUCCGAGAGGAGAUGUUCGCCAAAGGCCAGCCCGUGGCACCCUACAACACCACCCAGUUUCUAAUGAAUGAUCGAGACCCCGAGGAGCCCAACCUGGAUGUGCCCCAGGGGGCCUCCCACCCAGGCUCCAGCGGGGAGAGUGAGGCCGGCGACAGUGACGGGAGGGGCCCAGCUCACGGGGAGUUCCAGCAGAGGGAUUUCUCCGAGGCCUACGAGCGCUAUCACACCGAGAGCCUGCAGGGCCGCAGCAAGCAGGAGCUGGUGCGCGACUACCUGGAUCUGGAGAGGCGGUUGUCACAGGCCGAGGAGGAGACGAGGAGGCUGCAGCAGCUGCAGGGGUGCACCAGCCAGCGGUCCUGUCGCCAGGUGGAGGAGCUGGCCGCCGAGGUAGAGAGGCUCCGGACGGAGAACCAGCGGCUUCGGCGGGAGAAUGAGAUGUGGAACAAAGAAGGCGGCGGCUGCGGUGGGGAGCUGGGCACCUAGGGGUGCCCCUAGCCAGGCUGACCCAAGGAGAAGGUCCCAUUUCCUACACGCUCAGGCCAGCUGAGUCUCAAGGCGGCAGAUCUCAGCACCCCUGCGCCCCCUGAGAACAGCUAAAAUAGGUUCCGGCUUCCACCUUGUCCGUUUCCACGAUUUGUUCUUUGAUGUCAUGUUGUUUUUCACAUAGGAAUUAAACGAUUUUGGUGA